AUGGAGUCAUCAAUUGGUGAUGAAGAUUCUAAUUAUCCAUCGUUCGACAUCAGUGAUCAUUUUAAUCAAUUAAAUGGCAACAUUGAGAAAUUGAGCAUUGAUGAGGAUCAACGUAAUGACAAGUUAUCGGAUCACAAUGGCCUUCAUAAGGAGAAAAUACCAAGAGUUGGAUUGCGGAUAACAAAAGAAUUUAAGAAACCAAUUAACCAAUCAAUUCAUUGUAAUCGGGAGGGUUUUCGCAAGUCUCGUGUGAGAGCAGUAACACAAAAGAACACGAUUGCAGCCAUGAGAUGUAGAGCAAGGAUUCUAACUAGUGCUAUGGAUGGUUUGUUUUAUGUAGACCCUUACAACGACCGACGAAUGUGGGUUUCAAUCUUUUUCAAUGGUGAAUUUUGGGCUGAUAAUGUGCUUGGGAACAAGGAGCAGAAGGAACUGAAGGAUGAUGCUACAGACUCUAACGAAGUUAUCCCUUGUGCAUCUAGCUCUGCCAUUGAAAGACAAUUUCAACAUGGGUACACCAGCGAUAUGUUUAGGAAGGUCCAAACGGAGUUCGGUAAAAAUGGUGAUUGCACCAUCCGUGCCUUUGCAAAAGAGGGUGACUCGGUUUAUGUGAAGGUGGAAGAGGAAAAACUAGUUAAUGAGAAAACUCGGUACGUUACCUACGGCGUUCAUUUUGACCGUUUGACUGAGGAGGUUCAGUGUGAGUGUAACAUGUUCGAGAGUUCAGGCAUACUGUAUUGUCACUGCCUUGCUGUGUUUUCGUCUUACAAAAUAAAUAGAAUACCUACUUUCUAUGUUCUCCCUCGUUGGAGUAAGAACAUAAAGCGCAAGCACACCUACAUUAAGAGUAGUCAUAACGUGAGUCAUUUGGAUGAGAGUCAUAACUUAUUCAGAGGGUUAUGUGCAAACUUCUUUAACGUCGCUCAGGAAUUCAUGACUUGUGAUGAGGAAGUAGCCAUGUUGCAUGUUGUUCUAGACGAUGCAAGGACCAAGCUAACUGGUUACCGUGCAAAGAUGCAGUCUAAAAGUGUUGCCGAUACCCACGAUAGCAUGGCCACAUAG